AGUUUAUUCCAUUGUUGAAGUAUUUAUCUGUAGCUUCGUUGGUUCCAUUCCCAACCCAAAAUAAGAAAAUUAACACUGGUUUUCUGGGUUUAAACUAGCUGCACGAACAAGAACAUGAUGAGUUUAAGGCAGCCAAGUUUUCCCUUCUCCAAGCCUGAGAGCCAAGUCCCUACUGAAGAGAGUGGAUUGGCCUAUGCCAAACAACUAGACAAAGGUUCAAAUACAAAGGAUAGUGAUGAUGAGGAUUGGGAAUCUGAAGCUGAGGAAUCUGAAGUCGAAGAAUCUGAAGAUGAGGAAUCUGAAGCCGAAGAAUCUGAAACUGAAGAAGAAUCCGAAGUUGAGGAAUCUGAAGCCGAGGGUAUAAAUUCUGAGGAAUCUGAUGCCGAGGAUAUAAAUUCUGAAUCUGAUGCCGAGGAUUCAGAUGAAGAGCCACCAAGGAACCUCACGGGUAUCAAUCAAAGCAUGCAUAAUUUGUCUAUGGCAAGACAGGACAAAAGAGACUACGCAUGAAUAAUAUUCAUGGUUAUGGACUAGCCAAGAAGGAGAACUUCUCUUCAUGUUAUAUGUAGCCAUACACAACAAACUCAAACUCAAGAACUCUACUAGCUUAUCAUUAUUCUCUUAAUAAUUUGAGUUUAAUGUUGUCGUUAAAUAUCUAUAUAAUCGACCACUGACUUGGUUUGGAUGGUGGUUUGUUAGUUUAUGUGGUAUAAUAUUAUAAGUGUGUGCUUCUACGUA